GGGGAGGAGAGGGAGGGAGUGUUGAGUACAACACUAUGUGUACAACAAUAUAGACUCAUAUGAUAUGACUUGACGUCAGCUGCGAAUCACUGCGAACUCAAUGACUGACUCAAUGACUCAAUAACUCAAUCAUUGAAUGAUGUCCACCAAAACAUCACCACAACUGAUCCACACAUCACACCAUUCCUACUGUCCAUCGAUUGUGCUCUCAUUGGCCACGCAUUCAACGCAAAUAAUGUCUUCUCCUUCGGCCGGAAAGCGUCGUAUGGAUACCGAUGUCCUUAAACUGAUUGAGUCUAAACACGAGGUAACCAUUUUGGGCGGUCUUAACGAGUUUUGUGUCAAGUUUUACGGACCCAAAGGCACCUCAUACGAGGGCGGAGUCUGGAAAGUGAGGGUCGAUUUACCCGAGAAAUACCCGUUUAAGUCGCCGUCCAUUGGCUUCAUGAAUAAGAUAUAUCACCCGAACAUCGAUGAAGUGUCAGGAACGGUGUGUUUGGAUGUGAUAAACCAGGCGUGGACUGCGCUCUACGAUCUGUCCAACAUCUUUGAGUCGUUUUUACCUCAAUUACUCACUUAUCCGAAUCCAAUCGACCCAUUGAACGGAGACGCGGCCGCUAUGUAUUUGCAUAAACCUGAAGAAUACAAACGCAAAGUACAAGAGUACGUCAAGAAGUACGCCACCGAAGACGCGUUGAGGGGCGAAGAGGACGAGUCGGACAGCAGUGAGUCAACGAUGAGUGACUUUUCUGAUGACGAGACUAAGGAUAUGGAGCUCUAACACAGACUACCUGUGCUAACAAUCAUUCACUUCUGUCACAUACGCUCAUUGGUUGGCAAUUGUCUCUUCAAUCUAUAGCUCUUUAACUGUUAAGCAUUUUGGGAACAGUUGUGUCCAAAUGCUGAUCAAAAUUAGAGGUUAUUUGGAAACUAUUUCAUUGCAGUUCACAUCAAAGCAUUCAUUAUGAAAACGCAUUCAUUUUGUAAAUUAAUCUUAAAUCUCAUUUGAAAACAUCAUAAUUAAUAUACAAAUUAUUAUUCAUUUACAUUUCGGGGCUUUUCUGAUCAGUUUUAAUGGCUUUUUCUUUAGGUGUUAUUCUUAGAUUGAAAUAUAUAUAAAUAAUAUGUAAUAAUACGUGAAAUAUAUGAUAAAUUUGAUUACAAUUAUGCCAAUACUUAUUAUAAUUACCAGAACUUUA